CUGCACACACACACCGCAGGACACCGCAGCAGCAGCAGUUCAGCCCUGCCUCCUCAAACACAGCCUGGAAGCGGAGCAGACCAGCGUUCCCAUCAUUUUGGAUGUUAUUGUAACUGUUUUUCCGUGGAGCUGAGCGCUAAAAAAAAAGGUGGUGAUCGGCGGAACCCCUGGGAGCCUACACAUGCCAGCCAAGGCAGGCCCCACGGCAAAAACACUUUAGUUUUCAAAGUGGAGCAAAGCGUCCAGUUUGGCUGGUGGAUCAAGAAUCGAAGACUCAGGGAUAUGUCCACUGGAAGAGGUCAUGGGGGUCUUAACCAACUAGGUGGAAUGUUUGUUAAUGGUCGACCACUUCCGGAAGUGAUCCGGCAACGCAUCGUGGAUAUGGCCCACCAGGGUGUUCGGCCCUGCGACAUCUCACGGCAGCUCCGGGUUAGUCAUGGCUGUGUCAGCAAGAUCCUGGGACGCUACUAUGAGACAGGCAGCAUCAAGCCCGGCGUGAUUGGAGGCUCCAAGCCAAAAGUGGCCACGCCAAAAGUUGUGGAGAAAAUUGCAGAGUACAAGAGGCAAAAUCCCACUAUGUUCGCCUGGGAAAUCAGAGACCGGCUGCUGGCAGAGGGAGUGUGCGACAGCGACACGGUGCCCAGCGUAAGCUCCAUUAAUAGAAUCAUCCGAACAAAGGUCCAGCAGCCGUUUAACCUCCCGCUGGAUGGGAAGGGCCUGAGUCCUGGUCAAACCUUAAUACCCAGCUCAGCUGUCACCCCUCCAGAGUCUCCGCAGUCAGACUCAGUGGGCUCCACCUACUCCAUCAACGGCUUGUUGGGUAUCGCUCAACCCAACUCUGACGGCAAGAGGAGCCAUGACGACAGUGAUCAGGAAAGCUGCCGGCACAGUGUGGACUCUCAAGGGAGUGGAAGUGUACCGAGAAAACAGAUGAGACUGGACCAAUUCUCAACACAACAUCUGGACUGUGGCUUUGAUCGCCACCACUACCCUCCAGAAUCGUUCAGCUCAUCCUCCAGCAAUAAGACAGAGCAGACUUUGUACCCACUGUCCCUCGUUAAUGGCAGCCUCGACGAGGCCAAAACAACCCUCUCAUCCACCUCUGUCAUUGGACGGAAUCUGUCGGCACAUCAGAGCUACACCAUGGUGACUGAGCCCCUUCAGACCAUGCCACUGUGUCUAAAACAGGAAAUGUCCCCAGAAGUGACCAGCACAAGUCCCUCCCCAAACAUUGCAGUGCCCAAUCUGGCGUUUGUGGACCUGCAAGCGCUGCAGAAGCCGGUUUCUGUCAGCAGCAGUUGCAAUGGCAGUAGCAGCUCCAACCAUUUUUCCAACACCUUCAACUCAUUCUCCCAUCAUGCACCAGCAUACGGGCAGUUCAGCAGUCAGUCCAUAAUAUCAGGACGUGACAUGAUGAGCUCCACCCUGCCAGGUUACCCACCCCAUAUCCCUUCUCCUGCUCAGACAGGAUACUCCUCCUCCGCCAUCACAGGCAUGGUAGCAGCAGGUGCAGACUACUCGGGUCAGUCUUAUAGUCACUCGCCUUACACCUCCUACAGUGAAGCCUGGAGGUUCACCAACUCCAGUAUUCUGGGUUCACCGUACUACUACAGCUCGGCCUCCCGCACUGGUCCUCCUUCUGCAGCCGCCUACGACCACCUCUAGUGUCGGCUGCAGGGACUCCACAACGAGAAGAUCUGCACAGAACGGACGAGACUGAAAGGCCUUGCAUUGACUGACUCUUGAAUUUGGACCAAGAACUCAUCCUGAAGAACCAGGAACACAAUUUUUCCUCCUAUGGUCAUCCACUCCAGCCUUUGCUGUUUAUUUGUCAGUACUAGUCCCUUUCUGCAGGGUAAUUCAGACCCGUUUACAUGUCCUCUCUGGGGCUGUUUCAAUAACAUCACCCCUGCUGAUGUUGUGUUACAGUGCACACUCUCAGUUUGAAUUCAUGCAGUUUUAGCCAAAGACUUUUAUUUGCUGGUGCAUCAAAAACGUUACUCCACCCACAGAGUUUGGAAAUAGGAAUAUGCAACUUUGUUAACUUUUGUGUUUACAUUUUUCCUUUUUAUAUUUUGGAUUAGACAUUUUGCAUUUUAAAUCAACUUCUCUUCUUAAUCUUCGUCUGCUUUUCAAAUCAAGUUUGGGAUUGACUUUUGUUUAAAGCUAUUGGGUUUCUGAACAUGCGGUUUAGAGAACUACACUGAAAAAAAAACUUUAUGCCCCAAAAAGGAUAAUAAUAAAUUAUCCUUUUUAACAUGUACAUAAUGUAAAUUACUAAUUAGCUAUGGGGGGUGAGGGGGAUUGUAAGCAGGAGGGGGCAAUUGAGGCUUGAACUUUUUUUUUUUGCUUCAAAUACAUUUUGUUUAAUGUCAUGCUGAUGUUCUGAUGUUUGAUAAAAAAAAUCAAAUCAAAUAAAAAUGUGACUAUUUUUUCCUAUGCGGUUAUUAAUAUUAUUGCAAAUGUACAUAUGGAAUUUCUAAAGAAUUAUUUUAAUUAAAGCAUGACAAACUGAU